UUUUUUGCUUGUUGUAAUUGUAAGAGCUAGUUUGUGAGUCGUGAAACAUUUAACGUAUAUAAGGUGUUGAAUGAGCUGAAGUUUCAUUCGAUUUUUAAACGUUCCACAACAACGUUCAUUCGUUUUAUUGUUUUGUUCUAUAUUUGAAGUAAUAAUACUAAUAAUGGAUUUCUCCAAGCUGUUAUUCUUUUUCUUCGCUUGUUUUGUUGGUUUAUGUUCAGUGAGUGCUGCGCCUGAACCAAGAUGGAAGCCAUUCAAAAAACUUGAGCGAGUGGGACAGCACGUGCGAGACGGCAUCAUCAAAGCCGGCCCUGCAGUCGCCGUAGUCGGUCAAGCCGCUACCAUUGCCAAAGGAUAAUCUCCAGAGCACCUAGAAAAUCAUGCUCAUGCAAACGCUGUCAAUCAUCAUAAAUUCUCCAUACAAAGAAAUCAUCAAAACAGCUCCUGCAGUCACUGUAGUCGGUCAAGCCGCUACCAUUUCCAAAGGAUAAUCUAUUCAAACACCUUGAAAACACAUACUGAUGCAAUUACUGCCAAUCUUCAUAUUCUCCAUACAAAGAUAUCAUCAAGGCCGCGCCGGCAGUCGCUAUGUUAGGACAAGCGGCCACCAUUGCUCAAGGAUAAUCUUAAGAACACCUUGAAAACACAUACUUAAGCGAACACUGUCAAUCUUCUGUGCCACUGUCAAGACAAUCUUCGGAACACCUUGAUAACACAUACUUAUGCGAACACUGUCAAUCUUCUGUGGCAAUGUCAGGACAAUCUUCAGAACACCUUGAAAACACAUACUUAUGCGAACACUGUCAAUCUUCUAUGCCAAUGUCAUGGAAGUUUUCAGUGCAUUCAUACAUAAGUGCGAUUCUUUGUUAUUUUAUUUGCGAACCUGGUGUUGCAGGUGGCCAUGUGCAACGGUAGUUGCUUACCAUCAGGCGAUUUGUCUCCUAUAUCAUAAAGUCUUAAUAUAUCCUCAUUAUUCUGUCUACUGUCGUCAUUACGAGUCAUUCGUGUCAUCAGUAGCCCUACCACGAAUUGAUACCUGACGUUUACGUUAGCGACUGCCUACACUCAAUCGCAGUCUGAUGUCUUGGUGUGAUAGAAAGGAAAUGCGAUCGAGUUCAUGCAGACCCUAACGUAAAUAUAAAACGCAAACUCGUGGUAGCCGUGCUAAUGUUGUAUGUAUGAUAACGAUUGACAUUGAACUUUUCAGUGGCUUUUAUCUUUGUAAAUAUAAACCGUGUUCAGAUAAUGUACAAAUAAUUAAGUAUUACUAAGUAAAUUAAUAAAUGUUAUUAUUUAUGA